UGAGUAUGACAUGUACGGCUUCAAGACGGUCCCGGAGGAGGAGGAAGAGGAGGAGAAGCUGGUUGCGAAGGUGAGAGCUCUGGAGCUGAAGUCCCUGUCCAUGACCGAUCAGGAGGUGUCCGUCGGGGUGAAGUGGGAGAACUAUCUGGCCAGCACCAUGAACAGAGACCUGGUUCGCUCCCCUGAGCUCAAGGCGCUGUUCCGCUGCGGCGUGCCCCACGAGCACCGCUCCCAGGUGUGGCGUUGGUGUGUUUCCUUCCAUGUCAAGAAACUUCGGGACCAUCUGGCACCCGACUAUUAUGAGACCUUACUUAAUGUGGCCCGGGACAAGCCCAACCCGGCCUCAAAGCAGAUCGAGCUGGACUUGCUGCGUACUUUGCCCAACAACAAGCACUAUUCCUCCCCGAGCGCGGGCGGCAUCCAGAAACUCAGGAACGUCCUGAUGGCUUUCUCCUGGAGGAAUCCAGAUAUCGGCUACUGCCAGGGACUAAACAGGCUGGCUGCUAUUGCUUUGCUCUAUCUGGACCAAGAGGACGCCUUCUGGAGCCUUAUAGCAAUUGUGGAGGUCUUCAUGCCAAGAGACUAUUACACCAAGACUCUGCUUGGCUCACAGGUUGACCAGCGCGUGUUCAGAGACCUGAUGAGUGAGAAGCUCCCUCGGCUUCACGCCCACUUUGAGCAGUACAAGGUAGACUUCUCCCUCAUCACCUUCAACUGGUUCCUGGUGGUGUUUGUGGACAGCGUGGUGAGCGACAUCCUCUUCAAGAUCUGGGACGCCUUUCUGUACGAAGGGCCAAAG